CCCACGGACAUCAAAAGUAGCCCAAUUCUGCAGGAUAACCGCGGACUUGGCAACACAGAUGGGGUCCCACACAUGUAUGUUUACAGUAUCAUAUCCGUCUCCGUAUAUCAUAUACGACUCCGAGGCUGCAGACUACUACAUUUCCCAUAUAACAAUGCGCCCACAGCUGGAAUACACGCCUGCGUAAAUACCCUCAUUAAAAUGACAGGUUUCAGACAAUUAACACUAAAUGAAGCCCAUCGAUCUGCUCCUGAACGCCCGCGUUGAGCGAUGCGUCUGAUUACAGACAGACUGAUCCGGUUGCUGAAUUAUUUACGGUAGAUCGGUACUGAUGCUCGGUGGAUUAUUACAGGGAUCGGCGACAGACAGAGACGAUUAAUCGAGGGAGAAAACAUCAAAUGAGCAAGAAGAAUGGAUAAACGCUCAGCUGGGAAGAGAAAACGUUAAUUAUAGGAGAUCCAGGUUUGAGGAAUAUGGGAACAGUCCUGCAGGAGAGCACUGCACAUAACAGUCUGAAUCUCAACCACAGCAGAUAUAAAGCAGCGAGACAUGCAGCUAGCAAGAAAACCUCAAAGGCACCUGUGCUUCCAACACCAAACACCAGCCCUUCAUCUGAACCUGUCUGCCAGCAGAGGUUAAGACGAAUAAGACCAGACACAAUGCUGAUAAUGGCCAACCCCACACACAGGCAACAAAGCUCAGCGAAGCUCAGAUCUCAUGCCGCUUACAAAAAUGGACAUAAAGACAAAAGACGAAACACCAGUGCUGUGAAAGAGAGCGAGGGCAAGGCUAAGAGUGUGAAGUUUGAGUCUGUAAACACUGAGAGAGAAGAUCCAUCUGACUGCAGAACUGAGGAGGAGAGUUGUUCAUCUCAGAGUAAAGCUGGAGGAGACGACAGCGCCAGCGACAUCUCCGACUCUGAACGAUACUCUGUGCUGCCUGCCAAGAUUUCUCCUCCAGACCUCGACCUGCGUGCAGAAGUCAUAGACACCUCAGACCUCCUUCACUCCUCCAAACCCACAAACCGAGUUCAGAGAAGCAGCUUUCCAGAUUUCCUCCCACCUCCGUUUAACUCCUGGAGCCUCACGCAGCUGGCGGUGUAUCUGAACACCGACGGCAAGACCAUUCCUCGACCCAAACCCGUCGGCCAGCUGGAGAGAUACCUAGACCGGCUUUUGCAGAUGGAGUGGCACCAGAUCCAAACCCUCCAAGAAGACUCCAGCAAAUCUCCGCCUAAACAUCGCCAUCCAACGCCUCAUUUCAGCCUCAGCUCUCCGAAAUGCAUCCUGCAAUGCCAGCGUGCGUUUCCACUAGGUUUACUGUCAUCUCUGACUUCAUUAAACCUCUCCUGUACACACUGCCACGGUCACUACUCUAAUGGAUCAUAUCGUCAACACACUCGCUCGCAUCCAGAGAAGAGAUCUUCAGGUUUUCCUCAGAGGAGCAGCAGCGAGAGCAGGACUCGAUCUGAACCUAGAAACCGCGAACACAGACUUAGCGAUCCCCUAAGCGAGAGCAGACAUCUGAGACGCAUGCAGGCGGCGGGAAACAUCCGCAAUCCUGUCUCCACGCACAGUCCUGAGCUGCUUUCUGCUGCUGAUGUUGGGGAUGUGAAGAAGCGGAGGCCGGGGCGGAGGAGUCAAUCGUCGGCGGGUGCCAGAGAGUUUGGGUUUAGGGUUCGAGGACGCAGUGAACAGAGGAAAACACAACAGGACUGUGUGUUAUCUAGUGCUGGAGCUUCAGAGGCUUUAGGGGACUCAAAAGAGUCUAGUCGACUCAACAGGAAGCAGAAGCGUGUUGAAUUCCUCACGCAAUAACUUCAGUAGUAUUUUCUUGCAUUAGAUUACUCAUUCAUUCAUUUUCCUUCGGCUUAGUCCCUUAUUUAUCAGGGGCCGACACAGCGGAAUGAACCGCCAACUAUUCCAGCAUAUAUUUUACACAGUGGAUGCCCUUCCAGCUGCAACCCAGUACUGGGAAACACCCAUACACACUCAUUCACACACACACACACACUCAUACACUACGGCCGAUAUAGCUCAUCAGUUCCCCUAUAGCGCAUGUGUUUGGACUGUGGGGGAAACCGGAGCACCCGGAGGAAACCCACGCCAACACGGGGAGAACAUGCAGACUCCACAUAGAAACGCCAACUGACCCAGCCUGGACUUGCGUAAAACAUAUGCUGGAAUAGUUGGACAUCUGAAAUAGAGAUGAAGCUAAAGGAAAACGAAUGAAUGAAUGAAUGAAUGAAUGCAUAUUCAGUGGAAAUGAGCCAUUAGGCAGCUGAACCCAUGAUUAUUCAGCUUAAUUGAUGUUUAAUAGGCCAUUCACACCAAAAACAUAACUAUAAAGAUCAAUGUUUGCCUCCAUACAGGUGCACUGUAACAUUUGGGUUGUUUCAGGUUGUUUUUGCAGUUCUGCUGCUGCAAUGAUUGACUGUCAGUGUUUUAAGAGCUAAAAAACUAAUCUGUGUGUGUAUUAGGGCUGCUCGAUUAUGGGAAAAAGCAUAAUCACUGUUAUUUUGGUCAUAAUUAUA